GUUGUUUAAACUGACGUCAAGGACAGGACAGUACAGUAUGGUUUAGAAGCUGUGCUGACGUGCUCUUUUAUUUUCUAACGAGGGUGAAAAACGCUGCCCUGUUUGACAGCAAGCUAGUUAACGGAAUGCAUAGUUGUUUAGGGUGCACGCGCUAGGGCAACCUAAAUGAGCACGACUCGAGGGUGUGUGCACUGUCAAUUAGGUUCCAAUUUCGACCAGUCUAGAUUGAAGAGAAGACUUCAGCGCAGUGCUUGGUCAUCACAACUUCAGCUUGAACAUCCAGCGGAACGGAGAAUGGACAGCUAUCAGGCUAGCUAGGUGGCUAUCCUUACUAGGACAACGACAUUUAGGGAGGAAAUGUGCUAGCUAGCUGGUUCGUGUGAGACGACGGUUUCCUGUUUUCCAGGUUGAAUCGACAGUAACUGUUAACAUCUGGAUUAAGAACAUACGUGAGGUGGAGAGAUGCAGACUUUUUUGAAAGGCAGGAAAGUGGGCUACUGGCUCAGCGAGAAGAAGAUGAAAAAGCUGAAUUUUCAGGCCUUCGCUGAUUUGUGCAGGAAAAGAGGAAUAGAAGUGGUCCAGCUGGACCUGAGCCAGCCCCUGGAGGAGCAAGGUCCCCUGGACGUCAUCAUCCACAAGCUGACCGACCUGAUCCUGGAGGCCGACCAGAACGACACCCAGUCAGUCCUGCUGGUGCAGAGAGUGCAGGACUACAUUGAUGCCCACCCUGAGACCAUCGUGCUGGAUCCCCUCCCAGCCAUCAGGACCCUGCUGGACCGCUGCAAGUCCUACCAGCUCAUCCACAGGAUAGAGGACUGCAUGCAAGAUGCGAGAAUCUGCUCUCCCCCGUUCAUGGUUCUGAACACAGAGUGUGGUCCAGACACACUGGAGCAGAUUGAGAAGCAUGGACUCACAUUCCCAUUUAUUUGCAAAACAAGAGUAGCCCAUGGAACCAACUCCCACGAGAUGGCCAUCAUCUUCAGUGAGGAGGACCUGAAGGAUGUUAAGCCUCCGUGUGUGAUCCAGAGCUUCAUCAACCACAACGCGGUGCUCUACAAGGUGUUUGUGGUGGGGGAGUCCUACACACUGGUGGAGAGACCCUCCCUCAAGAACUUCCCCGCUGGACCAGCAGACAGAAAAGCAAUUUUCUUCAACAGUCACAACGUAUCAAAGCCAGAGUCCUCUUCAGACCUGACAUCUAGGGACAACGUGGUGGGGGUGUCCCAGCCACCCAGUGAUGAUGUCAUCAGAGAGCUGUCCAGGUCCUUGCGACAGGCGCUGGGCGUGUCCUUGUUUGGCAUCGACGUCAUCAUCAACAACCUCACGGGCCAACACGCAGUCAUCGACAUCAAUGCAUUCCCUGGUUACGAGGGUGUCCCGGAGUUCUUCAACGACCUCCUGACCCACAUCACCAGUGUGCUCCAGGCUCACGCCCCCGACAGCCCCCCAGGCAGCGGGCAGCCCAAAGGCCUGGCAUCCAGCCAUACCCCCAGCACUACGGUGCCCACAGCCCCGAUCCCGGACUCCCCAGGCUGCUGCAGCAUGCUGGGGAAGGAGGCCAGCAGCAGCCCCUGGAUUGUGGAGGGGGAUGGGAGCCUGAAGGGCCCCCGCCAGAGACUGGGCUGUAACUCAGCCAUGUCCCCCAACUUCCAGCAACACUGUGUGUCCACGAUAGCCACCAAGGCUUCCUCCCAAUGACUGCCCUCCUCUUCCCCCUUAGCCCCCACCCUGUUCUAACCGCGAACAAAAACAGAUGAUGGUGACGAUAAUUAAUAAGUCAUAAUAAUUAUGAUAUUCAUUAUAAUAUCUGUAAUCUAAAACCAACUUUUUUCUAUAUAGAUCUUGAUGAUGGUGAUUGGGUCUUUUUUUAUUUUCUGCCUUUUGGAUUUUUUGGUUUGCUUUAAUAAGACUUACAGUACUGUAAUGUGAA